GGGCCUCCUGGGGGCCGGGGGGACCCCCCUGGGGGGCCCCCUGGAAGGCCCGCUGGGGGGCCCCCUGGGGGGCCCCCGAGGGGGCCCCCUCGGGGCCCCCCCAAGCUCCCCGGAAGACCCAGGGGCCCCCAGCCUCCCGUGGGGCCCCUCCAGUGGGCUCGGAGAAGAGCCCGAAGAGGGUACUAAACAGUUUGGGGGCCCUCAAUGGGAUUUAGGGUUGGGGGGCCCCCCGGGGGCCCUUGAUGCUUCGGGAGAUAGUGCAGAAACUGAGGGGGCCCCCUCUCCUGUUUUUUUCCUCAAAGGGUCUGAAGAAGAAGAGGGGGCCUCUGCUGCUAAUGAAGAAGAAGAUAUCUUUUGGGGCAGCAGCGAGGGGGCUCCCUGGGGGCCUCUCAGCGGCCUGGGGGGCCCCCCCGAUGAGGGCCCCCACGAGAGUAUGCACCCCGAGGGGGGCCCCCCAGGCGCACCAGCAGGGGGGCUCCCCGCUGCAGCAGACUUCCCCAACAGCAGCAGGCACUCGCAGCAGCAGCAACAAGCGCAGCAGCAGCAGCAGCAGCAGCAGCAGCAGCACCGGCGCGAGCCGGGGCAGCAGGGAAAGCCACAGGUGUCUCAAGGGGGCCCCCCAGGGGGUGUCCCCAAGACCCCUGGGGGCCCCCCUAAAGGGGGGCCCCGGGAAGAGAGGGGCCCCCAAGAAGCCUAUGGGAUUUCAGCUGGGACGCGCCUGCUGCGCGAAGCGAUAAUGCACGCUGCAGCAGCCACAGCAGCAGCAGACAGAGCAGCAGCAGCAGACAGAGCAGCAGCAGCAGCAGCAGCAGCAGAAGCAGCAGCAGUGCAGUUCCAGUUCUUUGUUUGGCCGGCGGGCCACCAGAGCCAACGCCCAAAGGCUGAAUAA